AUGGCGACCGGCAACACUACAGCUAUGGCUACUGGCAACAGUACGUCGCGGGUGAGCCCGCAGGGUGGCAUACUCGAAGGUGGAAACCCAACCACCUACGACUCCAAGAAUCCUCUAGUGCUGUUCAUCAUCCAGGCGGGAAUUAUCAUUAUCCUCUGCCGCCUGAUCCACUGGCCCCUCUCUAAGAUCCGCCAGCCGCGAGUUAUCGCGGAGGUAAUCGCUGGCAUCGUCCUAGGGCCAUCGGUAAUGGGCCGCAUCCCCGGCUUCACCGAGACCAUCUUCCCAACAGCCAGUAUCCCCAGCUUGAAUGUCGUCGCUAACCUGGGACUGGUGCUAUUCCUCUUCCUCGUCGGGUUGGAGACCGACCUCCGUUUCCUGGUGAGUAACUGGCGGAUCGCAUUGAGCGUUUCCGCCGCGGGGAUGAUCCUCCCUUUCGGUCUUGGUUCUGCGAUCUCGUAUGGUCUUUACCAUGAAUUCCAUGAUGAUGGAAGUACCAGGCCGAUUGAGUUUGGAACGUAUUUGUUGUUCAUUGGUAUUGCCAUGGCCAUCACGGCGUUCCCUGUCCUGUGUCGUAUUCUCACUGAGCUGAAGUUGCUGUCGACUCGUGUUGGUGUUAUUGUGCUAUCGGCAGGUGUGGGCAAUGAUGUUGUAGGCUGGAUCCUACUGGCUCUUUGUGUUGCACUUGUUAAUGCGGGAAGUGGCAUCACGGCGUUGUAUGUGUUGCUAGUCUGUGUGGGAUACAUCCUUUUCUUGACAUUCGCUUUUCGCCCAGUGUUCUUGCGCUUCCUUGAGAGAUCGGGGAGUUUGCAGAAAGGGCCUAGUCAGUCGGUUGUAGCGCUGACUUUGCUCAUCGCUCUUGUGUCUGCUUUUUUCACGCAGAUCAUUGGAGUCCACGCUAUUUUCGGUGGCUUUGUUAUAGGCCUGCUCUGCCCUCAUGAAGGUGGUUUCGCUAUCAAGCUGACUGAGAAGAUCGAGGACUUGGUCGCUGCUCUUUUCUUGCCUCUUUAUUUCACCUUGUCUGGAUUGAGCACCAAUCUGGGGUUGCUUGACUCUGGGCUCGUUUGGGGAUAUGUGGUUGGAGUCAUCGCCAUUGCCUUCAUCGCUAAGGUGGCUGGCGGUGCUCUGGCAUCUAGGUGGUGUGGUCUGUUGUGGCGCGAAAGCUUCUCAAUUGGUGUCCUGAUGAGUUGCAAGGGCUUGGUGGAGUUGAUUGUGCUGAACAUCGGCCUUCAAGCUAAGAUCCUGAGCACUCGUACCUUCACCAUUUUCGUCGUGAUGGCUCUAGUGACGACCUUCAUCACAACUCCCCUAACCACUUGGCUCUACCCAAACUGGUACCAAGUCAAAGUUGAACGCUGGAGACGCGGAGAAAUCGACUGGGAAGGCAACCCAGUACAACAAGACAACCGGAACGACAGCGUAGCCCUCGCAAAAGACCACCUAAAGACAACCCCAGUCCGCAAACUCCUCGUCUACCUCCGCCUCGACGGUCUAUCAGGCAUCUGCACCCUAGCAGCCCUCCUAAGCACGAACCGCAGCCAACCAACACGCCUCCAUCCAACAAAAAUCCCCAGACAAACCGACCAAACAAUCGAAGACCCAAUCCCCAACGAAACCGAAACCGACGAAUCCUCCCUUCGCGUCCACGGCGUCAGAUUAAUAGAACUAACAGACCGCCACUCAAGCGUAAUGAAAGUCGCCGCAGGUGAACAGGCCCUCUGGGACCCAGUCGUCAACACCUUCCGCGCCUUCGGCGACUGGCACGACCUCUGCCUCAUGGCAGGCGUCUCCGUCGUCCCAGAACAUUCAUACGCAGAUACUGUCGUCGAUAUGGCGCAACAAGAUACAGCUGACCUGCUCUUGCUCCCGUGGAGUGAAACAGGCACACUAGCUGAUCGCCAGAAUGGACUGGAAGUCGAUGCGCCGAGCCGUUUCGCAAAUGGUGUUUAUACGAAUUUUGUUGCGGACAUCUUGAACCGUGUUCCGGGUCAUAUUGGUAUCUUCCUUGAGCGUGGUUUGAGUUCCUCGUUUAAGCGGCCUACACUUGACCACACGACUAGUGGCAUGAGUAUUCAGAGUUCUAUGUGGGCGCGGCAGCCAACGGGGAAUCGGUCCCAUCAUGUUGUUCUUCCGUUCUUUGGGGGUGUGGAUGAUCGGUUUGCCCUGAGGUUUGUUCUUCAGCUUGCGCGGAAUGAUCAUGUUACUGCGACGGUUAUUCAGAUUGGCGAUUUGAGUGGCGAGAGCGGUAAGAUGGGUAUGACGACCGUUGCCUCGGCUUCGAAUUCAGAGGCAUCCCCUGCAUCUAUGUCGCACUCGGAUCUGGUUUUCUUUGAGACGCUCCGUGACUCUGUACCUGAGGAUCUGAAAGAUCGGGUCGUUUUCUCGCAACCUGCACUCACAGAAUCGAUUACUGAUCCCAUUCGUAUGGCGGUCGUUGCUGUCCGGGAAGAGUUGAACCGGACGUCGAAUAAGGCGAAUAAUACUGUUGUUGUUGGUCGGCGGAGUGGCUCUUCUGAGGUUGAAUUGCCCAUUUCAGAUGAUGGGAUUGGAAACGACACACGCCAGACCCUGGGUGCAUUGGGGACGGCGAUGGUGCAACCCGAGAGCAAGAUCUUCGGCAGCACACUCAUUCUCCAAGCCGGGCCAUCGAUAUCCGCGGAUUAUUACUGA